AUCCCGUGGGCUUUUAAUUCUCCCUCAGCACUUUUCCCUCCUGCAGCCUCCUUCGAUGCGCCCCGUUAUUAGCGUUUUGUCUGAGGCGUUCAUUUCCGCACCUGCCGCGGUAGACAGCGGACCACUGGCGAGGUAGAGGAGGAGACAAGGACGUUGAAGAACCGGGAGAGGCAGUCAGUGACGGACAUCUGCGGCGGCGGCGGCGGCGGACCUUACAGGACACUCAAAAUGCUGCUGUGGAGCAGAAUCGUAUUGGUCGGUGUCAUCUGCUUGUCCUUGGUGUCCUCCGGCAUGGGAUGCGGACCGGGCAGGGGCUACGGCAGGAGGAGGCAUCCGAAGAAGCUGACACCUCUCGCGUACAAGCAGUUCAUCCCCAACGUGGCUGAGAAGACCCUGGGGGCCAGCGGCAGAUACGAGGGCAAGAUCACCAGAAACUCGGAGCGCUUUAAAGAGCUCACCCCCAAUUAUAACACUGACAUCAUAUUCAAGGAUGAGGAGAACACCGGCGCGGACAGGCUCAUGACUCAGAGAUGUAAAGACAAGCUGAACUCGCUGGCCAUUUCGGUGAUGAACCAGUGGCCCGGGGUCAAGCUACGCGUGACAGAGGGCUGGGAUGAGGACGGCCACCACUUUGAAGAGUCACUCCACUACGAGGGUCGUGCUGUGGACAUUACCACCUCAGACCGAGACAAGAGCAAAUACGGAACCCUGUCCAGACUGGCUGUGGAAGCAGGGUUCGACUGGGUCUACUAUGAGUCCAAAGCCCACAUCCACUGCUCCGUCAAAGCAGAAAACUCAGUGGCAGCCAAAUCAGGGGGCUGUUUCCCUGGCUCAUCCACGGUGACCCUGCGGGACGGCUCAACGAAGGCGGUGAAAGAUCUUCAGAGCGGCGACAAGGUCCUAGCUGCGGACCAGGCGGGCAAUCUGGUCUACACAGACUUCAUCAUGUUCAUAGACCAGGAACCGACCGCCAGCAGGGUCUUCUUUGUCAUCGAGACCCACACAGGGGAGAAAAUCACCCUCACCGCGGCGCACCUCCUCUUCAUCAGCCAAAACUCCACGGACGCGCGGAGCUCGACAAUCUUCGCCAGUCAAGUUCGACCCGGACAGAAUGUGCUCGUGUACGACCCGGAGCUGAGGGCACUCGAACCUGUGACCGUUAAACGGAUUUACACGCAGGAACACGUGGGUUCCUUUGCGCCCCUGACCGCGCAGGGGACGGUUGUGGUGGACCAGGUCCUUGCGUCAUGUUACGCGGCGAUCGAAGACCACAACCUGGCGCACUGGGCUCUGGCACCUGUCAGACUCGCCCACUGGGUGUCCUCGUUGUUUCACCAGUCACAAAUCAGUGCACAAACCGACGGGGUGCACUGGUACCCCAACAUCCUAUACCGACUAGGGACAUGGUUCUUGGACAGCCACUCCAUCCAUCCACUCGGGAUGUCCUCCAGUUGAAACCUCGACAUGGAACUCAAAGACUUAAACGUAGGACAAAAAACUCCUCAAGUAGAUAAAAAAAAAACAAAUAAUAAUAAUAAUAAUGAAAAAAAAAAAAAAAACGAACGAACGAACGAAAGCCCCCCAGCGGAGUUGGGAUAUUUAUUUCAAUGACUUUUGUAUACGAUAUGUCCCCUUUUCAAAGAAUGAACGGAGCCUUAAAAGUUUUGAAUAAUUUAUUCUCACAUGAACUGGCUGCUGACACACAUACACGCACACACAUUCACAUACACGCACGCACACAUAUUCUGGAAGGGUGUGAGCGGCACAUUGUGCAUAAUCUAUUUUUGUAUACCCUAAGUAAGUAAAAAAGAAAACUGGGAAAAAAUCAUUACAAAAAUAAAAACGACGACCAUGUAGAAAGGAGCUAACUUUGACAGGCUGUAAUGUUCAUAUGUGCAUAUAUAUAUAUAUAUAAAUAUAUAUGUGCACUUGACUGUUAUAUUUUAGGGGCGACAGACUUCGCGGGGUUCCAUAAAUUAUAUUUUUAUACACAGAAUUGUAAAUUAGAUUUUGACAGAUCGCUACCGAAUCACAUUUCGUUAUUUGAAAUAGUGUAAGAUAUGAGAAUAUAUUUUAAUUUAAAAAUGCAGUAGACGGGAAAACAAAUGUUGGAGGAGAAAAGAAACAUGUUGUACUGCCUGGUUUUAUUCAUAACUUUAUUAUUAUUUUUGUUGUUGGAAACUGUUUACAUUGUUGGAGAGGGACAGAUAUUCUGCCUCAUGUCUGCAUUCUCUUCUUUUCUGUCCUCCUUUUGCUGUUGUUGUGUUUCUAUUUUCCUCUGAGAAAAAUAUCAAAAUGCAGAUUCUGACAAUUGAGUAUAACAGUUAAACGUAGUGUUGAGACGGCUUCGUUUGAAUAGAUUAAUGAGUAACCCAUGUAAAUGUACUAAAAUGUAUUUUUCUUUUCAUAUUUUGUAAUAGGGAGAUAGUUUUAUAGAAAUGACCUGCGGCAGAUGCACAGUUUGGAUAGUCCAUAUAGCCAGACCAUACCAGUUACUUUCAUAACAGGGCGAUGUGUCAAAAUGUCUAGAGUUUAUUAUUUAUAUGUUUAUUACAAAAUGAGAUAAAGAAAAUC